AUGAGUGCCACGCCGUAUCGUCAUGCCCAAAAGCGGUCGCCCACCACGCCGCUGACGCCCAUGGUGAGAAACAACGUCCGGCGGAAGGUCGACGACGGGACUGACAGCUUGAAGAGCGUUCAGGCCGUGCUGGAGGACCCGCACGAAGCCAAAGACAGUGCGUCUGUGGCGGAGACAGCAGCGCAGACAGACGUGGAAAAUGUGCCGCCCCAGCCAUCUACACAGCAGGAACCUUCCAGGCCGCCCACGCAGCAGUCCUCGUCACAAAAGACGCAGCCGUCGAGACCUUCGUCUUCUGACGACUCGUCGCUCGCCCUGCUGGCAGUCUACCGCCGUGCAUGGCUCAACGAACGCAAAUACCUCCGCCAAAAAGAGCUCGUCAAGUUUCUGGAGCGCGAACGCGCCUGUUCAUAA